UCCGUCCGUACUGGUUCUUGUUCCGUUCGGGCUUCCGUGCUUCGCCUCGUUCUCGUUCUUCUCAGUCGGUCCUGCAGUGAAGAUGGCGGAAGCUCCCCCGCGGCCCUGCCGGUUCUUCUGCCACCGGUGUUCCGAAGAGAUCAGCCCUCGGCUCCCGGAUUACAUCUGUCCACGGUGUGAGUCCGGCUUCAUCGAGGAGUUGCCUGGAGAGGGAAGUUCAGAGAAUGGGUCCACAUCUACAGCCUCUAAUGAUCAGAAUCGGCCCUCGUUCGAGAAUGUGGACCAGCACUUGUUUACAUUCCCACAUGGUUACAGCCAGUUUGCUCUGGGGAUCUUCGAUGAGGGCUUCGACUUCAGAGCCGGUUUGCCAGCGGAAGAUAACCGUGACGCCGAAAACCGCAGAGAGCGGGAGAUGGCCUCACGACAGCGCUACGGGGCCAGACAGCCGCGGGGACGACACGUUCCCCGGAGACAAGGAGUGCGGCAUGAGGGUGUGCCCACUUUAGAAGGAAUCAUUCAGCAGUUAGUUAAUGGAAUUAUUGCUCCGACUGCUAUGCCAAACGUGGCGAUGGGGCCAUGGGGAGUGCUGCACUCAAACCCAAUGGACUAUGCAUGGGGAGCCAAUGGAUUAGAUGCCAUCAUAACUCAGUUAUUAAAUCAGUUUGAAAAUACGGGUCCCCCUCCAGCAGACAAAGAGAAGAUUAAGAGUCUCCCUACGGUCCAGAUCACACAGGAGCACGUGGGUGCUGGUCUAGAGUGUCCUGUCUGUAAAGAAGACUACAGCGCAGGAGAGAACGUUAGACAACUUCCUUGCAAUCAUCUCUUUCAUAAUGACUGUGUUGUUCCCUGGCUCGAGCAGGUGUGUUUCUCUUCUGUUUUACUUAAUUUCUCCAUGCUCAAUCAUCUGAACUCCAAAUAUUGACAACUUUUGACCAUG